AAUUAAAAAGGGCGGUGAGUGACUGGCGGCAGCCUGAGUCGAGGAGCCAACGGUGUCUCUUGGAGUUCUUUAAAGGAUCAAAAUUUACAAAAAUAAUUCAUCUACCAAUCUAUUUAACUCUAUAAAAGAACAAUAAUAAUAGUAAAAAGCUUUACAUUUCAUUCAUUUUCUCGUCAAUAAAUUCCCUAUAAGCAUCUCCACACUAGAUCUCUGGCUUGCGCUUUCUCUGAUCCGAUCAUGGCUCACUUGGUCCUCUCUCAGCUCUCUGUGACUGUACCUGUUGGCAUUGAUUCCUCUCUCAGAACGAGCUCUGUGUUUAAGUCAAACAAUGUGAGAUUUGGUGAUAAAUCAUGGGCUUCUCUGUUAUCUUUGGACUUAAAAUCAAGGAAUGCACAGUUGAGAAACCGCUAUGUAGUUUGCAUGUCAGUGCAACAGGCAAGCAGAUCUAAGGUUGCUGUUAAACCUCUGGAACUGGAAGAUGCCAAAGAGCCUCCACUAAAUUUAUACAAACCCAAAGAACCAUACACAGCAACCAUUGUUUCUGUUGAGAGGAUUGUGGGCCCAAAAGCUCCAGGAGAGACUUGCCAUAUAGUUAUUGAUCACGAUGGAAAUGUUCCCUACUGGGAAGGACAGAGUUAUGGUGUCAUCCCUCCAGGUGAAAACCCAAAGAAACCUGGGAGUCCCCACAAUGUUCGUCUUUAUUCAAUUGCAUCUACUAGAUAUGGAGAUUCCUUCAAUGGAAAGACAACCAGUUUGUGUGUUCGCCGUGCUGUGUAUUAUGACCCUGAGACAGGAAAGGAGGAUCCUUCAAAGAAUGGUGUGUGCAGCAAUUUCCUGUGCAACUCAAAGCCUGGAGACAAAAUUCGGAUCACUGGACCCUCUGGUAAGAUUAUGCUUUUGCCUGAAGACGAUCCCAAUGCGACCCACAUAAUGAUUGCGACUGGCACUGGGGUAGCUCCUUACAGAGGCUACCUCCGUCGUAUGUUCAUGGAAUCUAUUCCUAAUUACAAGUUUGGUGGCCUUGCAUGGCUCUUCCUUGGGGUUGCCAACUCUGAUAGUCUUCUUUAUGAUGAUGAAUUCACCAAGUAUCUUCAGGACUACCCAGAUCACUUCCGUUAUGACAAAGCACUCAGUAGAGAACAGAAGAACAAGAAUGGAGGCAAGAUGUACGUGCAAGACAAGAUUGAGGAAUAUAGUGAUGAAAUUUUCAAACUUUUGGAUGGUGGGGCGCAUAUAUACUUCUGUGGGCUUAAGGGAAUGAUGCCAGGGAUUCAGGAAACACUGAAGAGAGUUGCGGAUCAGAGAGGAGAAAACUGGGAUCAGAAGCUUUCACAGCUCAAGAAGAACAAGCAAUGGCAUGUAGAAGUAUAUUGACUUUGCAGAGUUGUUAACCUCAGUGAUGCCUAUCGAGAAGAUUUCAAUAAUCAUGCUUUGGUGUUCAGGUAACAUGGCAACUUAAUUAUCAUGUAGUUGAUUGACUGUUUCCAUUUAUCUGUAUGAUUAAAUAAUCGUGUAAUCUUGGUGAUUAAUACAAGUUAGGAACUGUUUUGAUUGGUUGCA